AUGUUCACCCAGCAGAUACGGAUGUUUUCGAAGUCUACUCUUCGUUUAGGAGCUAAAAUGAAGGUGUAUGAACCGAUACCUGCAAAAAGAGGAGGAAUGCCAUUAAUGAGCUAUAUCAGGGAAGCACAAUAUUCUAAGCUGGAUCAGACAGGGCAGAAGAGAAAACAAUUUAAACUCGAUAACCCUGGAAGAUUGAGAGCAGACGACAUUGUUACCAUCGUCUACAAAGAUCAGAAGCCUCUUACGGGUCAGAUUCUUGCCGUUAAAAGACAAGGUGUCGCAUCCGACAUUUUAAUUAGAAACAAAGUGGGAGGUGUCGGCGUUGAUAUACAUAUUCCGGUGUUCCACCCUAACAUUCUACGUGUGGAUGUGGUCAGAAGACCUGUCAAAUACAGACCAAGAAACAGACAUUACUACAUUAAGAAUUCACGGUUGGACGUGGGAGAUGUUGGAGGUAACCGUUAG